GGGAAACUCGUUUAUCGGACCUUUGUAAAUUGUUAAAGAUGCAGUCCUUGAACGCUAAGUCUCUUCAGGGCAACCGCCCUUUCACUGGGCAGCGCCCAAGGUCCGUUCGCGGUAGCGUCUCCGUCCGUGCCGUUGCUGCUCCCCCUAAGCUGAUCACCAAGCGUUCCGAGGAGAUCUUUAAGGAGGCUCAGGAGCUUCUGCCUGGUGGUGUCAACUCGCCUGUGCGUGCUUUCCGCUCUGUGGGCGGCGGCCCAAUUGUGUUCGACCGCGUCAAGGGCGCCUACUGCUACGAUGUCGACGGCAACAAGUAUGUUGACUACGUAGGCAGCUGGGGCCCAGCUAUCGUGGGCCAUGCCAACGAUGAGGUCAACGAGGCCCUUAAGGCUCAAAUUGAGAAGGGCACCAGCUUUGGUGCUCCUUGCGCCCUCGAGAACGUCCUAGCCAAGAUGGUCAUCGACCGUGUUCCCUCCGUGGAGAUGGUCCGCUUCGUGUCCUCCGGCACUGAGGCCUGCCUUUCCGUGCUGCGCCUCAUGCGCGCCUACACCGGCCGCGAGAAGGUCAUCAAGUUCACCGGCUGCUACCAUGGCCACGCCGACUCCUUCCUCGUCAAGGCUGGCUCGGGCGUCAUCACGCUGGGCCUGCCGGACAGCCCCGGUGUGCCCAAGAGCACUGCCGCCGCCACCCUCACCGCCACCUACAACGACCUGGAGUCGGUGAAGGAGCUGUUCGCGGCCAACAAGGGCGAGGUUGCGGGCGUGAUCUUGGAGCCGGUGGUGGGCAACAGCGGCUUCAUUGUGCCCACCAAGGAGUUCCUGCAGGGGCUGCGCGAGCUGUGCACGGCGGAGGGCGCGGUGCUGUGCUUCGAUGAGGUCAUGACGGGCUUCCGUAUUGCCAAGGGUUGCGCUCAGGAGCACUUUGGCAUCACGCCCGACCUGACCACCAUGGGCAAGGUCAUCGGCGGCGGCCUGCCGGUGGGCGCGUACGGCGGCAAGAAGGAGAUCAUGAAGAUGGUGGCGCCGGCGGGCCCCAUGUACCAGGCGGGCACGCUGUCGGGCAACCCCAUGGCCAUGACGGCAGGCAUCAAGACGCUGGAGAUCCUGGCCCGCCCCGGCGCCUACGAGUACCUGGAGAAGAUCACCGCGCGCCUCAUCGACGGCAUCAUGAGCGCGGCGCGGGAGCACGGGCACGAAAUCACCGGCGGCAACAUCAGUGGCAUGUUUGGCUUCUUCUUCUGCAAGGGCCCCGUGCACUGCUUCGAGGACGCCAUGGCCGCCGACACCGCCAAGUUCGCUCGCUUCCACCGCGCCAUGCUGGAGGAGGGUGUGUACCUGGCGCCCAGCCAGUUCGAGGCGGGCUUCACCAGCCUGGCGCACACGGACGAGGACGUGGACGCAACCAUCGCCGCCGCACGUCGCGUGUUUGCGCGCAUUUAAGGGUGUGGAUGGAAGCCGCCGGCGCGCAGCUGCGAGCAUGUAAAGGAUACGAAGGCGGGUAGACGAAGUAGGGGAGGGAGGCUAGGGCAGGCAGAAGGUGGAAGUGGAUGACAUAGCGGCGCCGGAUUCAGGUUUGACUCUGAUUUGAUAAGGGGCACACUGGUGGUAGUGCUGUCGUGCAUGUGGGGGGUGCAUGGGUCCAGGGGCAGGCCGGACCGUGCUGUCGGCAAAGAUAGGCUGCCGUAGAUGGGUUAUAUUCCAUUACGCUGCGGACUCUGACAUUGACUUAGGAGAGACUCAGAGAAGAGACUCGAACGAAUGCGGGUUUCGCCGCUAUGGCCUCAUAUUGACUGCAAAUAUCCCAGGGUUUGGCGGCGAAGCCUGCGCAAGUGCUGCCGGGCUUCCGCAUGAGGAAAUGCCUCCUGCCCUGAGGUUAUGAGAAGCCAUAUUUGUACAUUUACUGCUGUGUUUUAGUUUGUAGGACUGUCGGUGUAGGCCGCGGACGGUUCGCACAUCGGAAGGCGGGUCCGAGUGCUGUGAUUGGGGCAGUGGGGCUGGGAUCGGCCCAUAAUUCAGUUUUGGCAACGUUUCCUUGCCAAUCACAAAUGUCUUUCCUCACGCCCUGGCGGGCCGUGUAAGCUAAAGACGCUGCAA